AUGACCCAGGCACAAAACCAGGUCAUAUUCGCGCCUUCAAGCGAAGCUCCACGGGGUCUGAAGUCCAUAUUUCUCGCCGGUGCCAUCAGCGAAGUGGAUAAUUACGACUGGCGUGAGCUUCUAUCUACCGCUCUCUCCGACUUGUCUGUCACACUCUACAAUCCGUACCGUCCUGAUUGGGACAGCUCGUGGGGUGAGGACAUCGAUUUCGAUCCUUACCGCGAGCAGGUGGAGUGGGAACUAGAAAAGCAGGAGAAGGCGGACAUUGUUGUUGUUUACUUCCAUCCGGCUUCCCAGGCGCCCAUUAGUUUGCUCGAGCUCGGGCUCUGUGCGCGGGUACCAGGAAAGGCCAUCGUUUUCUGUCCAGACGGGUACUGGAAGAGAGGGAAUGUGCAAAUUGUGUGCAAUAAAUAUGAGGUUGAAAUGGUGGAUAAUGAUGAUGAGCUUAGAGAGGCGGUUGUGAGAAGGUUGCCUGUUGGCCUCUGA